CAUUCCAAGUAUUUUUAGAUAAUGAGAGUCGCACGCCGGAGGUUGCGGGCUUUACAGGAAAUGACGUCAUGUACACAGCGGAAGUGAGGUAAUGCGGAAGUGUUCACCCUGUCCAUCGGUGUUGGCGGGGUUGAUGCACGUCAGGCGGAUCAUUCUGCUUAUGGAAGACGGAAUGAGUUAAAGUUGGGAAGUGCCGAUAUCAGCAGAGACUGCGUGAAAUUGCACUGAAGGUGUUCCGCCAUGUUGGAGUCCUACGUCACCCCACUGCUCAUGAGCUAUGUCAACCGCUACAUCAAGAACCUGAAGCCUUCAGACCUACAGCUGUCUCUAUGGGGUGGAGAUGUGGUCCUCAGCAAGCUGGAGCUGAAGCUGGAUGUCCUGGAGCAGGAGCUGAAGCUGCCGUUCACCUUCCUGAGCGGUCACAUCCAUGAACUCAGAAUUCAUGUGCCUUGGACCAAGCUCGGUUCCGAGCCCGUGGUUGUUACCAUCAACACCAUGGAGUGCAUCUUGAAGUUGAAGGAUGGAGCUCAGGAUGACCACGACAGCUGCGGGUCCAGCUCCACCAGCCGCAGUGCCUCGGAUAGCGCCAAGCUGCUGGCCAAACCGCGACGCGUCCAGCAGACGGCUCCUCCCGACCCGGACCUGCCCCCAGGCUACGUCCAGAGCCUGAUCAGACGGGUGGUGAACAAUGUCAAUGUCGUGGUGAACAACCUGAUCCUGAAGUAUGUGGAGGAUGACAUCGUGCUGUCUGUCAACAUCACGUCGGCCGAGUGCUUCACGGCAGACGAGUUCUGGGACCGCGCUUUUAUGGACGUCACAGCCCCCGAGCUUGUGCUGAGGAAAGCCAUCAAUUUCUCCGAUUGCACUGUCUGCCUGGACAAGAGGAACGCCAGUGGGAAGAUAGACUUCUACCAGGACCCACUGCUCUAUAAGUGCUCCUUCAGGACCCGCCUGCACUUCAGCUAUGACAACAUCAACUCCAAGAUACCAGCCGUCAUCAAGGUCCAGACAAUGGUGGAGAGCCUCAAACUGUCCAUCACAGACCAGCAGCUGCCCAUGUUCAUCCGCAUCAUGGAGCUGGUCAUCGCUCUGUACUACGGCGAGAUUGGUGGUCACAAGGAUGCCGAGGGACUAGAGUCCAGUGGCCUUGUCAGGGACGUGGCAGUUGGUGUGCCUGGUAAGGAGGAUGACGGGGAUGGCCAGGGUGUGGCGAGCCCGUACCCGAGCCCAGAGACCUACCUGCCAGGCAUGGAGGAGGACCAACAGGGCUGGGUGUCCUGGGCGUGGUCCUUUGUCCCGGCCCUCGUUGGCACAGGUGAAGAGGAUGAGGAGAGACACGGAGACGGUGAGCGGGUAUACCACCAGGAGAUGGAGGAGGAUGGCCGGCCAAGCAGCCCCCAGCAGCACGCGCCCCGUGACCCCGUGGUGUCUGUCGGCUUCUACUGCACUAAGGCCACGGUGACGUUUAAGCUUACGGAGAGCCAGGCGGACAGCAGCUACUACAGCCCCCAGAAGGUGAAGUCCAGGGAGGUGCUCUGUCUGGAGCAGGAGGGCAUCACCAUCGAGGUGCUUAUGAUGGGUGAACCCUUCUUCAACUGCCAAGUUGGCUUUGUUGGCUUCCGGGCUCUCUGCCUGAAGGGCAUCAUGGGAGUGAAGGACUUUGAGGAGAACAUGAACAGAAGCGAGGAGGACGCUCUGUUUUUCUGCUGUGGUGAGACGCUCAGCAGCAAAGGGAACACCUACUUAACCAACUCGCUGUUUGACUACCGCAGCCCAGAGAACAACGGGGUUCGAGCUGAAUUCAUCCUGGAUGCCAUCCACCACAAGGAGACCUACACGGAGGCAGCCGGCAUGCAGCGCUUUGGGGCUUUUUACAUGGAUUACUUGUACACUGUGGAGAACGCCAGUGGCUCAGAACAUGUUGGCCCCCAGGACUUUCCUCCACCAGGGGGUAAGGAAACAACGGUGUCCCAGGAGACGUCAGUGAAGAGGCUGGUGGUUGGCCCUCUUGACUUACGGCUCCACAGCAGCGCCGUCCACCGCGUCCUCAAGAUGGUGGCUUGUGCUCUGGAUCAUGAGUACGAGCCCUACGGCAAACCUCAGUCAGACACAGUGGAGGAUAGCCGAGUGCCACCGAGCCCUCAGGAACUCGCUGCUCUGGAGGAGUUCAUACCCACACGCCUCACCUGCCUCACCUUGCUCCAGGUGUCCAUCACAGUCCCCACGGCAGAGUUCAACCUGUUGGACCAGCUUCUCCCUGUCAUCUUGGGGCAGAAGGCAUCAGCAGCCCAGCUCAAUGCACCUGUGUUCCAACCGGUGCGGCCGCUGCCUGCCGUGCGUGUCCUGGUGGACAAAGUGAAUCUGGAGCAUUCGGUGCCCAUGUAUGCCACUGAGCUGGUCAGCACCGUGAGCAGUCUGAGCCAACCGUCUGACACCCUGCUUCACCACUGCUACGCCCACUGCUACCUCAAGGUGUUUGGCUUCCAAGCAGGACUGACCUCCAUGGACAGCAACGGAUGCUUCUUGCCUCUCACUCCCAUCAUUCCCUCCUUCAGCACUGCACUGUAUGGCAAGCUGCUCCGGCUGCCGGCCCUCUGGAGCAGGAGGUCCAGUGUUCCUGUCACCGAGUGCAUUUUUGAACUCCCUCACUUCACUGUUCAAGCCACUCGUGCUCAGACGGUCCUGCUGCAGGCCAUCUGCCAGAGCUGGACCCACAGCCUGGGACGGGGAGCCUCCUCGGGGCUCAGUGAAACACUACUCAGCGAAGUCUUCAAAGCUCCAGGUGCCCCGUCGCCGACCCUGGAGGGCUCGGUGCAGAAUGUGGAGCUGAAGUACUGCAGCAAGGCGACAGUGAGGUGUGCCUCCGGUGCCGUGGGAGCCAUAAAAGUGUGCGCCAGGACCCCAGGGUCAGCGGAGGGUUCGAAGGAGAGGCUGGUGCCUCUGAUCCAGGGCCCGUCCGACACCAGGGAGCUGCACACGAGCCGCUGGCUGAAUGAAAUCCGCAAACCCGAGUCUCUGCUGGCCCCAGACCUGCUGGCCUUUUCUGUGCAGGUUCCCCUGCAGGGAGACGACUGCCGCAACUCAGGUGCUGUGCUGCUGGUCAGUGUCCAGGGCAUCGCUGUCAAUGUGGACCCCGUCUUCAGCACCUGGCUGCUCCACCAAACCCAGCGUGCCGAGCGCAGCGGCUCCCGGCUGCCCCCUCAGACCCCUGGAGCGAAUGCCAUGGCUGUGUCGUUGGCCAAGCGGAGGGAGGACGAGGCGUCGGUGGGCAGCGCACCCUUGGCCAAGCCCCCUUCCAACCAGGCCUCAGACUAUGCCAGCAGCCCCGUGAAAACAAAGACCGCCACUGAGUCGCGACCCCUCUCCCUGCCUGUGAAGGUCACUCCGGCCACCCAGCCCUCCUGGGCCUCCUCUGAGGAGCGUGUGAAGGAGAUCAUCGCCCGUGUUUGGGACGCUGUGAAGCAGCUCACCCUUCAGGUGGAGCUGCAGUCGUGCUGCGUGUUCCUCCCAAGCGACAGCUUGCCCUCCCCCAGCACCAUCAUCUGUGGGGACAUCCCUGGCACCGUGCGCAGCUGGUACCACAACCAGGCCAGCAUGCCGGGCACCGUAGUGGUUUGCCUGCCCCGGGUCAGCGUGCUCAGCGCUGGACACAGGCCCGUGGAGCCGCUGCAGGAGCUUCCCUUUGUGGUGUCCAGGCCCGUGCUCGAGGAAGGUGAUGCUUUCCCUUGGACGGUGAGCCUGAGCCAGUUUGGAGUGUACACCCUGCUGGGCCAGCAGAGGGCCCUCUGCCUCCUCGAACCUGUGGCCUGCACCUCCACGCUGGCCGUCACCUCCCACGGGCUACAGUCCCCGGGGCACGAGGGGCGUCACGCUUUUGUUGUGUGUCUGCACGUCGACCUGGAGCCGCUACACGUCAAAUGCUCAAACCCGCAGGUACAGCUGCUGUAUGAACUCUUCCAUACAUGGAGCACCGCCUGGUCCCGCAUGCAGAGGCGGGGCAUCCUGCGACCCGUCCCCAGCUUCCCAGACCCGCCCCCUGGCGCUGCUCCGGCCUCGCCCGUCCGGAGCAGCACUGGCACCGUACCCCCGGACACCAGCACCUGCAGCCCCUCUGCAGACUUCGGCUCUCCUACCGAGGGAGACUCUGUGCCGGCAGGGGACGACACUCCUUCUCUGGACACGGUAACCUUGGAGCAGAAGACCAGCAGCAUCGGCAGCUCUAGCGGGAAGGUUAGCCUGUGGAUGCAGUGGAUGCUGCCCAAAGUCACCGUCAAGCUGUUCGCACCGGACCCUGUGAUCAAAAGAACAGAGAUCUGUGUGAUCAGCGAGCUGGAGGACCUCAGCGCCUCGGUGGAUGUCCAGGACGUGUAUACCAAGAUCAAGUGCAAAGUGGGCAGCUUCAACAUCGACCACUACAAGUGCAGCCCGGAGGACGGCUCACGCGGCUCGGGCCGCUGCGGAGGUGUGGUCCUCUCUUGCACUGACAAGCUGAACAGACGCACUGUGUUGGUUCGACCCGUCAGCAAGCAGGACCCUUUGAGCCACUUUUCUGGCUUUUUUCCUCCUACAGCUGCGAAGGUGCUGGAGGCACCGCACCAGCAGCACGGCUUCCUGUCGGUCACCUACACGCAGGCGGUCACCAAGAAUGUACGGCACAAGCUGACCGCGCGCCAGGAGCGGGGACCUUCCCGCGGGGCGCCGCGGCUCUCGGAAGGGCUGGCGGACGGCUCGCCCCAGCACCUGCGUGAGAUCCUGCUCACAGCCCAGCCCUUCGAUGUGGUGCUUUCCUGCCCCCUGCUGGCGGCGGCAGCGGGCAUCUUCCGCACCACACUGCCGCGCCGCUGCCGGGAGAAGCGCCGCUCACCGGGGCAGCCCAUGCGUAGCCACGCCCUCAGCUCCAGCAGCCUACCGCUCAUCUACGUCAACACCAGCGUCAUCCGCAUAUUCUGCCCGGUGCCACAGGACCGCCAGCCGCCCGCAGAGUCUCACCUGAGGAAGGAGGACACUCUGGUGCUGAAGAUCGGCUCCGUCAGCAUGGCCCCGCAGGCCGACAACCCCCUGAGCCGUACUGUGCUGCGCAAAGACAUUUACCAGCGGGCCCUAAACCUGGGAGUUCUGCGGGACCCGGGCUCCGAGGUAGAGGACCGGCAGUACCAAGUGGACCUGCAGUGUAUCAACAUCGGCACGGCCCACUGGGACCAGCUUCGGCCAGAGAAGGAGGGCCAGAAGGGCGGGACCCUGGCAGAGGGCGAGCGGAACUCCCAAAACCCUGCGCUAGAGUGGAACAUGGCUAGCAGCGUCCGACGGCAGCAGGAGAGAAGAGCCAUCCUGACGCCCAUCUUGACGGACUUCUCUGUCCGAGUAACCGCGGCGCCUGCCAUCAUCUUCAGCAAGCCUGUGUCGCCGGAGAACACCCAGGUGGAGGAGAUCGUGGUGUGCGGCCAUUCCCUGGAAGUGAACAUGACCACAAACCUGGACUUCUUCCUCAGUAUGGCCCAAGUUCAGCUCCUGCAGCAGCUGCUCCGAGCCAACAUGGUGGGGAGCGAGGCCCCCGAGAAGGCUGCUGAGGUGAGCCGUCAGGAGCCCCGCAGCAGCUCCUCGUCUCAGCCCAGCAUGGACACGUCGUCACGGCACAGCGGCGCACAGGACAGCGGCUUCGGCAGCGACAGCGCACGCAUCCGCAUCGUGCAGAUCGAGCAACAGAGUGGUGCCAGCCACCACCGCAUCGCCCGGCCCUCCCGCAAGUCCACCAUCGUCAAGAACCUCAGCUUCGUCCCGUUCGACAUCUUCCUCACCGCCAGCCGCAUCUCCCUCAUGACCUACGCCUCGGUGAGCGCCCCCAGGCCGUGCUCCGCCGUUGCCUCCCCAGAGAAGAGGAGCGGUGAGAAAGCGGGAAAGAGCGCCCUCAACAUGCCGGAGGGGAAGCAGGAGCCAGCCACCGAGGCCACUGCCCCCCCAAGCAUAUCAUUGCUGACGGCGGAGGACCUGCUGAACAGCAACACGUCCCACAUGCCGGGGGGCCGACCGGGCAGCGCACUGCUGUCCCUGGAGAGCCUUCAGGCACCGAUGCGCUCAUCUGCCCGCCAGGCCCUCGGGGUCACCGUGGUGCGACAGCCGGGGCGCAGGGGAGCCGGAGAUCUGCUCCUGGAGCCUCUCCUCCACCUACAGGUGCUGCAGCCAUCUGCCUUGCUCAGCUGCCAUCACCGCAAGCAGAAGCUGGAGCUCUCAGUGUUUGACGUGGCCCUCAAAGGAGUGCCCACUGACUACGUGUGUCUGGAUCCUGGCAAGACCCUCCCGGAAGCUCUGGACUACAGUGUCUUCUGGGUGCAGACGGUAGCAGGAGAAGUGGACAGCAAGACGGGCAUCCCGCCCCCACUGCUCUCUCUCCAGAUCAGGGACUUUCUGAGCGGUCAAGCGGAACUGAACGUCGAGCUGUCGCGCCCACUCAAGAUCAGCCCGACUUUGGCCAAGCUGGAGCAGGCCAAGGCCUUCUGGAGGAAGAUCUUUCCGGAGAGCAGCAGCGAGCCCAGCAAACCCACCCCUUCCCCGCAGCCUUCUCCGACGAUGCCCGCAGUGACCCGCGUGCCCCCUCCUUUGGACGGUGCCUUGUCCCAGCAUGCCUCGCCUUACGCAGGCGCCCUGGAGGCUUUGGCGCCCUUCCACAGAGCAUCAGUCCGCACGGCACAGGUAGUCGUCGCCCUGGAGGUGGAGGACCACCCGUCUCGGCCAAGCCUGGCGCUGUCCUUGUCCAGACUCACCGGUGACCUCACCUUAAGGAGGGGGCCCAAGCUGGCAGAGCCCCUGCAGGCAGCCCUGGUGCAGCUGGAGCUUCAGGACGUUCUCCUGAAGACGGGCCUGAAGGAGCGCAGCCGCGUCCUGCUGGGGCCCUUCUGCUGCAGCGCCGACCUGGAGGCCAAGUGGUGUCGGCACAGCGGGAGCCCCGGGCCCGAGCCGGGCCCCCCCAAACUGCUGCUGGACCUCAAGGGGGGCCUGCUUCAGGUCUUCUGGGGACAAGAGCACCUGAACUGCCUGGUCCUGGUGCAGGACCACCUGCAGGACUUCUUCCACCAGGAGGGCGGCAACACCAGGCCGGAGUCCAAGGACGUGUUGAGGAGCGCGCGGCUCCCCUCUCCCGGCACCCAGCACCCCAGGACAGAGCACAGCUCGGAUGACCUCAGGACGGGCCUCUUCCAGUACAUCCAGGACUCAGCCUCCCAGAAGCUUCCUGCCGCUUACGAGGUGGUGUUCUACAAUGAGACGGACGACAGCCCCGGCGUCAUGCUGUGGCGCUACCCGGAGCCCCGCGCGCUCACCUUUGUCCGCAUCACCCCCGUGCCUUUCAACACCACGGAGGACCCCGAUAUCAGCACGGCGGACCUGGGGGAUGUGCUGCAGGUGCCGUGCAGCCUGGAGUACUGGGAUGAGCUGCAGCGCUCCUUCGUGCCAUACCGCGAGUUCAGCCUGUCGGAAAGCAUGGCCUGCGAGCUGCCGCUGCCCAGCGUUGGCCCCCCCCACGAGCGCACCGAGCUGGUGGCCUCUGACCUCUGGAGGAUCGUCCUGAACGGAGCGGCGGACGGAGGGGACGAGCAGAGCUUGGACAGCGAAUCGGGCUCUCAGCUCCCAUGUGACCAGCUGGUGUCACCCACUGCUCUUGCCGCCUGCACCCGUGUGGACUCCUGCUUCGCGCCCGGAUUUGUGCCCUCGCUCGGAGUGUCGCUGCAGCUGGCCUGCAUCGAGCUGCACCUCUGUCAUCAUCUGGAGCAGCUGGGCACAGCUCCCGCCCAGCGCUUGCGGCCCUUUCUGCCAGACAGGAAGUUGCCCCAGGAGCAGGGCUACCUGGUGGCAGGGGCACGAGGACCCAGGGUGUACCUGCGCCAGUGGAGCUGCGACGCCAUCGUAUGCCACGAGCUGCACUUCUUCGCCGAGCUCGACUGCCGGCUGCUGGAGUAUCGCAACCUGACGCUGCGGCCCCUGGUGCGGCCCUUCUCCUUGCGGGGCCAGGCGGCGGCUUCCUGCGGACCCCCCGUCCAGCAGCCGCAGCUGCUCUUGGACGGAAACGUGUUUGUGGAUCCCGUCUUCCUCAGCGUGGGGCAGUACACCGUCCACACGCUGGACACGGCCAUGCAGGCCUGGCAGCAGAACCAGGAUCCAGACGCAGAGGAGCUGGUCUUCAGCCACUACGUGAUCUGCAACGACACCCACGAGACUCUACGCUUCGGCCAGGUGGACACGGAUGAAAACGUGCUGCUGGCGAGCCUUCACAGCCACCAGUACAGCUGGCGCUCCCACAAGUCCCUGCAGCUGUUGCACAUCUGCAUCGAAGGCUGGGGCAACUGGCGCUGGUCGGAGCCCUUCAGCGUGGACAACGUGGGCACGCUCCUGCGCACCAUCCAGUACAAGGGCAGGACCGCCUCGCUGGUCAUCAAGGUGCAGCAGCUCAGCGGGGUUCAAAAGCAGAUCGUGAUCUGCGGCCGGCAGGUCAUGUGCAGCUACCUGUGCCAGGAGAUCGAGCUGCGCGUGGUGCAGCACUACGUGGGCCCCGACGGGCAUACGGUGGUGCGGGAGCACGUGGACUGCCUGGAGGCCGGGCGCAAGCUGCCCUCCUACGUGCUGGAGGACUCGGAGAUGACGGAGCUGUGCGUGCGGGCGCGGGGCGACGAGGACUGGUCGCGGGACGUCCAGCUGGAGCGCCGCGACAGGGGCAGCGGCUCCGUGGUACAGGUACCGUGCUCCGGAGGCUCCCUGCUCUACGUGUGGUGCACCCUGGUCACAAUCGAACCCGACUCCCCUGUGCAGCAGAGGGUGGUGAUCUUCAGUCCCCUCUUUGUCAUGAGGAGUCACCUCCCAGACCCCAUCAUCAUCCACAUCGAGAAGAGGAGCCUGGGCCUGCGGGAAAGCCAGCUGAUCCCAGGACAGGGCCAGGAGGAAUCCCUGCUCAAUGUGGAGUCUGACCUCACACACCAUCUCACCUUCCAAGCCAGGGAGGAGGAGGAGGUCUCCCAGUGCGCCGUGCCAAUCUCUACCGGCCUCAUCAAGCAGAUAGUGAACAAGGCCCCGGGGGGGGGCAGCCAGGAGCACAUCCUGCCAGAUUUCUACGGGAAGGAGGUCUGCGCUGAGCCACCGUGGCCCUACGUGAAGAAGGUGUCUGACAGGGCUACGGAGCCCCUCGCCCAAUGGGACAGCCCCAUGCAGGUGAAGUUGUCAGCCUGGAAGCCGGGCCUUAACACCCUGCUGGUGGAGCUACUGCCCUGGGCCCUGCUGGCCAACCGCUCCCACUGGGACCUGUGGCUCUUCGAGGGCGAGAGCAUCGUGCUGCAGAUCCCAGCUGGGAAGAUCAUCGUACCGCCCAACUUCAAGGAGGCCUUCCAGAUCGGCAUCUAUUGGGCCGACACCAACACGGUUCACAAGUCUGCCGCCCUCAAGCUGGUGCACGACCUGACGUCUCCCCGCUGGAAUGAGGGCUCCGGGGCUGACGUGCUCACCUUGGAUGAGGAGGGCUUCCUGGAGGUUGACAUCAUGCUGGGGGCCCUUCCAGCCCGACAGAAGGUGUGUCAGUUCUGCGUGUCGUCAGCGGUGCGGCACGGCAUCCAGAUCCUGCAGAUCGAGGACAGGACCAUCCUGGUAAACAACACGCCCCACCACAUCUACUACAGGCCUCUGCUCUGCGGCGGUGCCCUGGGAGUGGCCGACCAGGCCUACAAUCCUCCAGACACCGCAGUUUUCUCCCUGCCCCCCAGGGGGGCAAAAAACGCCCCGCAGACCUGUUCUGUCCCCUGCUGGGACGUCCUGAGGGCAGAGACAGCGCUCCCCCAUAGACACAUGCUCUUCAGCACCGUCCCCGGCGCGGAGACAGGGUCCGAGAGUGUGUCUUGGAGUUUGCCAACGCCCAUUAGGCCUGACUUCCCACGAAUGGGCGUAGCCAUCCCAGGGGAGACAUGUCCCCUCACUGCCAUCUGCACCAGGGCCGUGGUGACGACGUACCAGGAGCACCUCGGGGUCACAUACGUCUCACUGAAUGAGGACCCGUGUCCCCACAUGGUGAUCCACAACCAGUGUCCCAUCGCUCUACUGCUCAAGGAGAACCUCAGAGAAACCCCUCGCACCGAGGUGUUCUGCCGCCUCUUUCCUGCCAACUCGUCCCUGCACCAUGAGCUCUACCACCACUUCUCCAGCUUCCCUGACUGCCGUCAGAAGGAGUCCCUGCCCGCACUGCUGCUGAAGGCCGAGCUGCAGAGCGACGAAGAGUGGAGCGACGCCUUUGACAUCAACAGCCCAGGCACACAGGUGGUCUUCCUGCCGGGAUUUGGCUGCAUCUACAUCCACGUGCUGCACCUGAGCGGCACCGUGACCCUCACGCUGGCCCCCGAGGGCCGGGCAGACGCUGUUCUCAGUCACCAUAGCAGCAGGCUGGGGACGCGCACUCUAGCAUUCAGGGUGCUGCUGAGCGAGGCCAGUGUGGCGCUGCGUGAUGACAUCACCAGUCCGACAGGCUCGGUGGAGCUUCUGCGGCUCACGCUGUCCAAGCUGCUGCUGAGCGUGGCACCGGCCCAGCUGGGCGUGGAGGGGGCGGGGCUCACGGAGGCCAGUGUCGUGGAGGUGCACUGCGCCAGCCUGCAGGUGGACAACCAGCUGUACAGCCGAGCCAGCUUCCACUUCCCCGUGCUGCUGUGCCAGGAGCAGCGGGCCGAAGCGGGACCCUGGACCAGCGAGAGCAACCCGGCCUCCUCGCCACGCGCCCUCGACCACUUCAAGGCCACCUGCUUCCUGCAGCUGGGCCUUGUUCUGUCGCCCGACCGGCGCGCCGUCGACGAGGUCAGCUUCCAGCUCAAGCCGGCGCGCGUCUACCUGGAGGACACGUUCGUCUACUACAUCAAGACUCUGUUCCACACCUACAUCCCGGACGGCGCUCCCGGCGGCGAGCUGGGCGGGGCCUCGCUCCCGGAGCAGGUGCGCCAGUCGGCUCAGGCCCUGGUGCGGCCGCUGCACCUGCGCAAGCUCUCCAUCCAGCCCGUGAGCCUCCUGGUGAGCGUCCACGCCUCGCUCAAGCUCUACAUCGCCUCGGACCACACGCCGCUCUCCUUCUCCCUCUUCGAGAGGGGGCCCUUCUGCACCACGGCUCGGCAGCUGGUCCACGCGCUCGCCAUGCACUACGCCGCAGGGGCGCUCUUCAGGGCCGGUUGGGUCGUGGGCUCCCUAGAGAUCCUAGGCAGCCCGGCCAGCCUGGUGCGCAGCGUGGGCAAUGGCAUCGCCGACUUCUUCCGGCUGCCCUACGAGGGACUGACGCGCGGACCGGGCGCCUUCGUCAGCGGAGUCUCCCGCGGUACCACCUCCUUUGUCAAGCACAUCUCCAAAGGCACGCUGACAUCCAUCACGAACCUGGCAACCAGCCUAGCGCGCAAUAUGGACCGCCUGUCUCUGGACGAGGAGCACUACACCCGACAGGAGGAGUGGAGGAGACAGCUGCCCGAGAGCCUGGGGGACGGCCUGAGACAGGGACUCUCUCGGCUGGGCAUCAGCCUGCUGGGCGCCAUUGCGGGUAUAGUGGACCAGCCGAUGCAGAACUUCCAAAAAACUUCGGAGACACAGGGAUCUGCGGGCAGCAAGGCCAAGGGCGUCAUCUCCGGUGUGGGCAAGGGCAUCGUGGGGGUGUUCACCAAACCCAUAGGUGGCGCUGCAGAGCUGGUCUCGCAGACCGGAUACGGCAUCCUUCAUGGGGCCGGACUCUGGCAGCUCCCCAGACAGCUGUACCUGCCCGCGGAGGAGAAGUCGGCCGCUGCGCCCAACAGUCACGUCAAGUAUGCCUGGAAGAUGCUGCAGUCACUGGGUCGACCCGAGGUGCACAUGGCCCUGGAGGUGACCAUCGUGAGCGGCUCUGGCCAGGAACACGCCGGCUGCCUGCUCCUCACGGGGGAGGUGCUCUUUGUCGUGAGCCUCAGCGAGGAUGCACAGCAGCAGGCCUUCCCCGUCACCGAGGUGCAAUGCCGGCAGGAACCCGACCACGACGGCAUGCUGAGCCUCACGCUGUGCCAGCAGAGGGUGGCCGGCGAGGUCGAGGGUGACACCAGCAGGGAGCGCCUCUCCGAGCAGCAGUACCAGCGUCUGGUGGACUUCGUGACCCGCGCGUCCCGGCACCUGUCCCCCUCGGGCAGCGCCCUGCAACAGCAGUCCCUUGUGACACCCGCCGAGCCCCCUGCCUCUCUCACCAAGACUUACCGCUACCUGGUGGCACCGCACUUUGCCCGCGUCUUCGUCAGCAAGUUCACCACCGUCAAGAACAAGGCCCUGAGGGUCGGCUUCCCCUGACAGCAGCGGGAUGUGCAGCAUCUCUCCCGCCACUGCUUCUCCACAGGGCCGUGUUCCCCCUCCCCCCCCACAGGGGGGUCACUGCUCGGGCACACAUGACCCCGGGGGGGGUCAUGUACAACAUAUGCAAUAAAGAGGCCCAGAACACAUCUGCUGCAUCCAAGCAGGACCGCAGGCCAUUCGCCCACAUGCAACACACUAGACACCACAGCAAGGCCCAGUGCUCCCCGUUGAGUCCACGCAUCCUCACUACAGUUCCACGCAGUUUACAUGGGGCCGUUUACAAGAGCUUAUUAGUCAAAAUCAUGCACAUACAUUUCUUUGAUGUCAUUUUGUGUGCAAUAUCCGCCUCUCUACUGAAAAUAAGAUUUAAUCUCUUUAAAUGUGAGCUUUAACCAAAUGUUUUUUUCUAUUUUUUGUGAAGAGCUUUGCAUUCCCUACAUGUAUGACAACGUUAUUUUUGUACAAGUCUCUGCCAAGUCUACUUAUUGAACUUUUUUAUUGAUACUGCCUUUUGAAAAACCUGUUGACACUAA